AUGGAGUAUGUCUCAACAAUCUGGAACCCAUAUAUGAGAGGGGAUAUUGACAAACUAGAACGUAUCCAAAACAGAGGCUUACGAUUCAUCAAGAAAAACUACAGGAGUCGAGAAACAGGGUCCAUUAGUACCAUGAGACGCCAGCUUGAAAUGAAGACACUAGAGGAAAAAAGACACAGCCUCUGUCUUAUCCUGAUUUACAAGUUGGAAAGUGAUGCUGAAAAAUCCUUGAUAAAGACAAAAGGACCUACUAGUAAAUCAGAUGUGUUUUAUAAAUCAGAAGAACCAGUAAACCAAAUUCGACAAACUAUCCAUCAAUCAGACGUAUCAAUAAAUAAGACACUAGCAAAUGUCCAUCAAUUAGAAGACCAAGUACAAAGGACCAAUAUACAAGACAUGGUCCACGAAUCAGAAAAAUCAGUAAAUGAGCCACGAGAAACUGUUUAUAAACUAGAGGAACCGGAACACAAAACACAAGAACAUGUUGGUAAAUUAGAAACGUCAUUAGACAUUGCAAUUUUGAGACAGUCACAAGUAGCGGUGAUAAAAAAUCGGAAUCCUGAAGGAACACAUAUAUCAAAGGAUGUGUUUGAAGAUAAGAUCGGUGAAACAGUUGCAUGUGAGAAUAUUCAUGAAGAGAAAUUUAAACAAUUACUGAACAACAAUGCAGAUAUUUAUCAGUGCAGAGAUAAUGGAGCAUCUCCAUCUCCCUUGAAUGAUGCUUGUUUCUUGAAUCAUAUAGAGAUUGUAAAGGUAUUAUUAAACAAAAAGGAAGAUAUAAAUAAGUGUGAUGAUACCGGGGGAUUUCCUUUGUAUAUUGCAUGUCAACAAAAUCAUAUAGAAUUGGUAAAACUGUUACUAGAUAACAAGGCAAACAUCAAUAAACGUAUAAAAAAAGGAAUUUCUGCUUUGCAUGUUGCUUGUUUUUGUAAUCAUAUAGAGCUAGUAAAGGUGUUACUAAACAACAAGGCAGACAUUAACACUUAUGAUGAUGUUGUAGAUACUCCUUUGCAUAUUGCUUGUCUGGAAAAUCAUAAAGAGUUAGUUAAACUUUUACUCGACAAUAAGGCAGGCAUUAAUGCGUGUGAAGCUACUAAGGCAUCUCCUUUGACUGUUGCUUGUUAUAAAAAUCAUAUAGAGACAGUAAAGAUAUUACUGGACAACAAGGCAGAUAUUGAUAAGUGUGAUGGUACUGGAGCAACUGCUCUGUAUAUGGCUUGUCAGAAAAAUCACAAAGAGAUGGUAAAAAUAUUGCUCCAGAACAGGGCAGACAUCAAUAAAUGUGCAAAUAAUGGAGCAUCUCCUUUGAAUGUGGCUUGUGCGAAUGAUUAUGUAGAGCUGGUAAAGAUGUUAUUGGAAAACAAGGCAGACAUUGAUAAGUGUGAAGAGAAUGGAGCAACUCCUUUGUAUAUGGCGUGCCAGAAUAAUCAUAAAGAGAUAGUAAAUAUAUUACUCGACAAUAAGGCAAACAUUAAUGCGUGUGAUGAUCUCGGGGGCCCGUUGUAUAUUGCUUGUCAGAUUAAAGAUAUAGAGUUAGUGAAGGUUUUACUGGAAAACCAUGCAGACAUCAAUAAAUGUACAAAAAAGGGUGUAUCUCCGUUAUAUGUGGCUUGUCAGAAUGAUGAUGUUGAUCUAGUAAAGGUGUUAUUGGAAAACAAGGCAGACAUUAAUAAGUGUGUUGGUAAUGGGCCAACUGCUUUGUAUAUGGCAUGUCAGAAUAAUCAAAAAGAGAUAGUGAAACUAUUACUUGACAACAAGGCAGACAUCAAUAUGUAUGCAAUCAAGGGAGCAUCUCCUUUGAGUGUGGCUUGUGUGUCUAAUCAUAUAGAGGUAGUAAAUAUGUUAUUGAAAAACAAAGCAGACAUUGAUAAGUGUGAUGGUACUGGAGGAACUGCUUUGUAUAUGGCAUGCCAGAAUAAUCAUAUAGAGUUAGUCAAACUGUUACUGGACAAUAAGGCAGACAUCAAUAAAUGUGCACUAAAUGGGGCAUCUCCUUUGGAUGUGGCUUGUGUAUCUAAUCAUAUAGAGUUAGUAAAGGUGUUGUUGGAAAACAAGGCAGACAUAAAUAAGUGUGUUGGUAAUGUGGCCACUGCUUUGUAUAUGGCAUGUCAGAAUAAUCAUAAAGAGAUAGUGAAACUGUUACUGGACAAUAAGGCAGACAUCAAUAAAUGUGCACCUAAUGGGGCAUCUCCUUUGAAUGUGGCUUGUGAUAAUAAUCAUAAAGAGCUAGUAAAAGUGUUAUUGGCAAACAAGGCGGACAUUAAUACGAUUGAUGGUAAUGGAGCAACUGCUUUGUAUAUGGCAUGCCAGAAUAAUCAUAAAGAGAUAGUCAAAAUAUUACUUUACAACAAUGCAGACAUCGAUAGAUGUGCAAAUAAUGGAGUAUCUCCUUUGAAUGUUGCUAUUAAAAAUAAUCAUAUAGACCUAGUGAAAUUGUUAUUAGAACACGCGGCAGCCAUUAAUAGAAGGAAGUAA